AUGCUGUAUGUUUUAGUCUCACACAUUCUCUCAUGCAGGACUUUAGAAACAGCUAGUGAUGAAAACCUCAAGAUUUUAUCUGCAAUAGAUCAAGAUGACGUGUUUGCACUGAGGCAACUGCACAGGUACAGUGCUGCCUAUAAGGAAAGAGACAGCAGAGGUUGGCUUCCGAUGCACAGAGCGUCUGUCCAGUCUGAUGUCUGUCUGUUGGAUUGCGUCCUCCUGGCAUCUCAUGAGCUGAGCAUGGAGGAGAUGACGUCUGAUGGAGACACCGCUCUGACACUGGCUUGUCAAGCAGGGCAUGUGGAGAGCGUAAAGGUUCUUCUCCAACGUGGAGCAUCUCCACACAACACGAACAGCAGGAACGAGACUCCACUACUCCUGGCUGUGAGGGUAAAGUCUUAUGAAAUGGCAUAUGAACUGAUAAGGGGUGGCGCCUUCGUGAGGCAGCUGUGUUUGAAGAAGUGGACGGCCACCCAUGAGGCUGCUAAGGUGGGUUGCGUGGACAUCCUGAUGCUGUUGCUGAGACACGGGGGGAAGGUGAUGGGACGGGACGGGCAUGGGGUCACACCGAUGGGCAUCGCCGCAGAGUACGGUCAUCUGGAAAUACUGGCAAUCCUUAUCCAACAUGGGGGCGACGUCACAGCACAAGCUACAAAUGGAGACAGUGUGAUAUAUGACGCCGCAGGCUGUGGGAACCUGGACUGUAUUGAUCUACUCUUACAAUAUGGUGCUAAUCCUAAUGUAGCCAGUCUUUGCUCUCAACUGCCGAUUCACCGCGCAGCCUACGAGGGGCGCUACCUGGCCCUGAAGAAGUUAAUUCCCAUCACCAAUAGGAAGGUCAUCCGUCUGUGUGGGAUGAGUCCGGUUCAUUCUGCGGCAGACGGAGGCCAUGCAGACUGUCUUGAGCUGCUCAUCAAGAAAGGUUUUGACGUCAACCCAAUCCUGGGCUGCCACAUUUCCGAAAACUACGGUGACAUGAGGAAGACCCCACUGUACUUCGCCAUCUGCAAUGGAGACGUCACCUGCGCCAAGAUGCUUCUGAAAUCAGGUGCGAAGCCGGAUCUGGACCCUCUGCGCUGCCUCCUGGUGGCGGUCAGAGCUGAGAAGUACGAGCUGGUGUCGCUGCUUCUCGCCUAUGGGGCGGACGUCAACUGCGUCUUCUCUGUCAUCAGUGACACCAUAUUUCCUACGGCAUUGCAAUAUUGCCUCAAAGAUGAAAUGAUGCUGCGCCUACUCCUUAACAACGGUUACCAUGCAGAAAGCUGCUUUGAGUGUUACCAUGACAACUGGGUAACAACAGAGGCUGCUAGCCAGUCGUACCAAAUCAGGAGCGAUACGAAUAAAGUAACCUUUUGCGAGUUUAUUAGCGUGGCAUGGAUGGCGCAUUUGGCGGGGAGGGUGGUGCAGACACUCCUAGAUUACGUGAAUCACGUGGACAUCUGCUCUAAACUGCAAUGCAUUCUGGAGAGACAAGAGGAGUGGCCUGAUAUCUGUGAAACCCUCACGAACCCUCGCCCUCUGAAACACCAGGCCAGGUUGGUUAUCAGGAGAUGUAUGACACUGAGACGACUGAAUGACCCAGAGUUCAUGAGCACCGUUCCUUUCCCCCCUGCACUGAAGAACUUCCUACUCUACAAAGAAUAUGAUAUUUAUGGUCGAACGGACAAUAAUGGCAUUGAUACCAUUCACACUGGCAGAUCUAUUACUAUCCGAAAAGAAGAGCCAGCAGAUGUUUUCAAGACACACAGAAAAAGGAGCCUGAUCAGGUGCAGAAGGCAGCAGUCACCAUCACUGAAGAGUGAACAUUGUCUUUAACCCCAAUGGAUGUUUUGAUUGCAUUUGAAGAUGAGAUGAUGUCUGCCAAGUGUUGGGUCAGUGCACUGGUGCGGGGUUUUUUUGCACUAAUUUUUAAACAUUUCCUUGCUUGUGCAGUCUUGACUUAUUUGGUGAAAUGUCUGAUAAGAUUGUUUAAAUGUUAUAUUUUUGACUAUAAAGUCAACUGAUUUUGUUUUAUGUUUGAAAACAUCUUGAAGUAAAUGUUGCAUUUCAAUAAACACUUAA